CGAUAUAUACUCCGCAGCCCAUCGAGGCACCCGAAGAACUCUUUCUGGGCUCAAGUGGCGUCUUCUCCAAUGGACCAAGCUUACGGAGACCGUCAACCCGCCGUCAUCAACGACUCCGCCGCGGCUGCCGCCGGGGAGGCGGCGGUGUAUCGGGGGACGGAAUAUUCCGUCAUCCGCACCACCGUCGCCCUCGCCCUCUGGCUCGGCCUCAUCCACUUCAACGUCGCCGUCGUCCUGACGGCGCUCCUCCUCCUCCCCGCCCGCCUCGCCGCCGCGGUCUUGGGGCUUCUGCUGGUUUUUAUGGCGAUUCCUCUCAAUGAAAAGAGCAAAUGGGGUCGGAAGUUAUCAAAGUGGAUUUGCAAGUACGCAGUUGGGUACUUUCCUGUGAACCUUCAUGUGGAGGAUAUAAAGGUCUUUGAUCCUAACCAAGCUUAUGUGUUUGCUUUUGAGCCACAUUCCGUGUUACCGAUUGGCGUUGUUGCUCUCGCUGACCACACGGGUUUCAUGCCUCUACCUAAGGUCAAGGUCCUCGCAAGCAGCGCGGUGUUCUAUACACCAUUUCUGAGGCACUUGUGGACAUGGAUGGGGCUGGUCUCUGCAUCAAGAAAAAACUUCUAUGCGUACUUGGAAGCUGGAUAUAGUUGCAUUGUAGUCCCGGGUGGUGUGCAGGAGAUGCUUCACAUGGACCAUGAUUCGGAGGUUGCUUUCGUUAAAGCAAGAAAGGGAUUUGUACGGAUAGCCAUGGAGACUGGCCGACCCAUAGUUCCUGUUUUCUGCUUUGGUCAGAGUUAUAUUUACAAGUGGUGGAAGCCCAGUGGAAAAUUAUUUGUCCAGUUUGCUAGAGCAAUCAAGUUUACUCCAAUAGUCUUCUGGGGAAGAUUCGGAUCACCUAUACCAUUUCGGCAUCCAAUGCAUGUAGUGGUGGGAAAACCCAUUGAGCUCAAGAGGAAUCCUAAGCCGACCAUUGAAGAGAUAAAUGAAGUUCAUGCGCUGUUUGUUGUGGCCCUCCAAGAGCUCUUUGAGAAGCACAAAAUCAGAGCUGGCUAUCCUGAUCUUCGCUUGAGGGUUCUAUAAAUAUUGAGACGUAGCUUUGUAUCUUUACCUCCUGGUCCUGAGCUCCAACAGUUCAGUCCUCCAGAGAAGCAAUGAAACAGCCAAGAAGACCCUGUCUUGAGUUUGCACAUUCUCGUCAAAUCACUGGCAGUCACGGUGGUGCAAUGAUCUAUUCUGAUAGUUCCUGUUAGAAAAUCAGGAUCAGUAAUUGUGCUAAUUGGUGUAUUAUAGGGGAAGAGGAAGCACACUUUUUUUCUUUUUCUGAAUGGAACUUGGAUGAACACCUGUACUUGUUGAAAUUUUCAAUAUUGUUGGGGUUAUAAAUUUCAGCGAAGCAUGCACUUGAUGCUC